GCUCGGUCUGCGACGCGGAGUCUUCACAGGGGCCGGAGAGUCAUUUAAAGGUCCCAGUGGGUUUCGGACUCGGUGCUGUCCUAGGGUCCGGUCCGGCCCGGCCAGUCGCAGGGCCGUCUUUGCAGCCAGGAUGGCGGUCAUGGGCGUCCAGCUGGUCGUGAGCCUUCUCACAGCCAGCCUCAUGCACAGGAUGGCCCCGCAUUUCUCCUUUGCCCGAUGGCUACUCUGCAAUGGGAGCCUGUUUCGCUACAAACACCCGACCGAUGAGGAGCUUCGGGCCUUGGCAGGAAAACCAAAGCCAAAAGGCAAGAAGGAAAGGAGGGCGAAUGGCCUCACUGAGGAGAAGCCCCUUUCUGUGCCUCGGGACAUCAACCUUCAGCUGGAGACGAGUCCCAUCACAGCCAUUGAUGCGCUUGUACUUAGAUACUUCUCUGAGUAUCAGUGGUUCGUGGACUUUGCGCUCUAUGCCUGUGGCGUCUACCUCUUCACCGAGGGCUACUAUUGCCUGGUGGACCCUGCGAAGGAGGCCAACAUUGGGAUACUCUGGUGUUUUCUUACCAUCAUCUUCUCUGUCAAGGUGUUUCUGACAGUGAUGUGGCUGUACUUCUACUCAGAGGAGGGUGGGGAGCGUUCCGUCUGCCUUGCCUUUGCCUUCAUCUUCCUGCUUCUGGCCAUGCUGGUGCUGGUGGUACGAGAAGACAUCCUGGAGUUUGGCCUGGAGCCAGGCCUGGCCAGCGUCACCCAGCAGUUAGGACCUGUGCUGAAGAGGCAUGGCUGGGACUGGUGGAUCCCCCUGACCAGGCUGACCUUCCGCCUGAUCCUGGUGGCGGUGUGCUCUGUCCUGGGGGCCUGCCUCACAUUCCCGGGCCUGCGUCUGGCUCAGACCCACCUGGAUGCCCUGCAGCUGGCAGCCGAUCGACCCUUGCUCCAGCUCAUGCUCCAUACAAGUUUCCUGGCUCCUGUGCUGAUUUUGUGUCUGUGGAUCAAACCCAUUGGCCGUGACUUCCUCCUGCAAGCUCCAGUGGGAAAGACGGCCCCUGUCCAGCUACUCUCCGACUCUGCCUUUGACUCUCUCCGCCUGUGGCUGGUGCUGGCCCUGUGCCUGCUGCGGCUGGCCGUGACCAGGCCCCACCUGCAGGCCUACCUGUGCCUGGCCCAGCGCUGGGUGGAACAGAUGAGGAGGGAGGCUGGGCGGAUUAGUGCCCUGGAGAUCCAGCGCAGGAUCACACGGAUUUACUGCUACGUCUCAGUGGUGAGCCUGCAGUAUCUGGCCCCCAUCCUCCUCACUCUUCACCUUACACUGCUGCUGAAGACUCUAGGAGGCUAUUCCUGGGGCCUGGGGUCCACCAGCCCUCUCCCCAGGCCAGCCCCACCAUCGACCUUGGCCACUGCCUCUGGAGAAGAUGAGGUGCAGGCCACAGUGGCCCAGAUCCUGGGUGCCCUGGGCGGCCUCUUCACCCCUGCCUUCUAUCGGGGCCUCUUUGCCUUUCUCACCUGGUGGACGGCUGCCUGCCAGCUGCUAACCAGCCUCUUUGGCCUCUACUUCCACCAACGCCUGGCAUCUUCCUAGCCUCCCUGGGGAGGCCGAGGGUUAUGUGACUGCGCACAGGGGAGGCACAGCCUCCUUCUUUGGGUCUUUCAGGCCCUCCCCUUCCUGGAAUGGUGCCAGGAGCAGGGCUGGGGGAGGGGGUUGCCACCACCUCUGCUCAGGACUCCUCCGAUUCUCAUCCACCAAUUUCACCCAGAGUGCCUGAGACCAUGGCCCUCCAGGCUAGGAGCUGCUGCCCCACCGACCUUGCCUCUCCCCGCUUCUCUGACCUCUGCUGUCUCCUAGAAGGUGGCUGGUCCCUAAGGACCUCUGACAAGGGUGGUGAGAAAAGAGGUCACACUGAACGAGAGGGACUGAUAGGGUUGGGGUUAGUGCUGGAGGAAGGGAGAGACCUCCCCACUUUUGGCUCAGGUCUGAGUCCUUGUCUCAGAAAUGGAGGGAGGGAAUGAGAGAGAAUGAGAGCUGGCCUCCUGGAUGAGGGGAGGCUGCUGAAGUGUUCCCCUCCUCCAGCGGCUGGGUUUGCUCCUUUUAAUUCAGGGCCUCUUAGCCUUUUAUUGAGUCCUGGAGCCUUCUGGCAUUCUGGUGAAAUCUAUGCACCCCUUUCUCAGAAUAAGGUUUUAAAUGCAUAAAAUAAAAUAGGGACGAUUAUGGAGGAAAUCAAUUAUAAUGAAAUACAAUCACAGAAUAUUUUUGUAAAGUUCACGAACCCUUGGCUAUGGGCCCCUGUUUUCAUUCAAUAAAGGAGAACGUCUGACCUGUAGAA